ACAAAAUUUAGUGUCUAGGGAAAAAGGGAAGUGCAAAGCGGAAAGAAAGAAAAAGCAGGAGUGAUCGUCAUCGUGUCGGAGUUAGGAUUUGGAGCAUCCGAAAGAGGAAUGAGCGGAGAAGAAGGCGGCGGCGACGACGCGGCUGCUAGUAACAAUUCUGCAACAAAGCCAUCGGCAGAGGAAUUGCAGGCCAUCGGAAGCCUUAAAGAUUCGAAAGACUCCGCCAUUCGCUCUGCUCGUUCCCUUCUCCAUAACUCGUCUACCCAUCUACGCUCUUUCCAGGAUUUUCUACCGCAAGCAUCUUCCCAUUACAAAUCUUAUGAAGAUGCAUUUUUCAACAAACUCAAAGAGGGGGUGAUGAGUGCAAAGGAACACCCAGGCGCAGCUGUUGGGAUUACCAUUACUGCUGCUCUCUUUCUUAUGCGAGGCCCAAGAAGGUUUCUAUUCCGUAAUACAUUGGGUCGAUUUCAAAGUGUGGAGGCAAAAUUUCUUAGGACCGAGAAGAAUGUAAAAGAGUUAAGUCUAUCUGUUGAUGUAAUGAAAAAGGAGAGCUCUAAGCUGCUUGAAAGGGCAGCUCUUGCUGAAAAGGAUAUGAAACGUGGCCAUAAAGAGCUCAUGAAUGCUGGAGGCCAAUUUCACCGUCUUGCAAAAUCAGUUUACAAGGUUGAGGCUGAAGCUGCAGAUUUGAUGGAUGGGCUGCGAGAAAUCCCUGGCAGGGAGGCACUGAAACUACGAGCAGAGGUUGCUUCGAUGACAUCGCAUUUGAGGAAGCAGAGAGUUUCACUUGACAAAAGGAUAAGGAAGGUAUCCGAAUUGGGGGUACCUGUCUGAUAACUUUGGCAAAGUCUCCUGUUAUUAAAAUUGAUGUUUUGGAAGGAUCUCUGAACUGGUGCCUGCAUUUUCUAGAUACAAUGUUACUCGUAGAGCUUCAACUUAAUUCGGCCAAAAUAAUAAUACGAGUACAAUUGAAUUAUGAGACAUAAAUUCAUUUUCCCCCUUCGUUUUUUGCCA